UUUUUAUAAACAAAUAAAAUUAUCAGGUACAAGUACAAGUACCGCUGUAAUAAAGUUAAAUUUUUAUAAAGAUUCCAAUAAUUGGCUUGGAAGUUGGUAACUAGGUACAUAUUUAUAUGAUUCUGAAUGUCUAGGUAGGUAUCGGUAUCUACCAAAUUUCUGUACCUAGAUUAUUGUCUGAAAAUACUUAGCAACUGAUCAUUGGCUUCCAAUCAGAACCAGUUGUAGAACCGUUGAAAGUGCUCGAACAGGCAAAAUCCGGUACAAGUGUAAUGGAAGUUAGUAUAGAGAGACUCCCUGUUAAAAAGGGUGUCCUAAAACAUGCUGAUGGAAGAAAAGCAGAUACUUUUGAUGAGAAAAAGCCUAAAAAAAGGGUGGGCAUUGACGAAAGUGAAGCAUUAAGAGUGAAGAAACAACUAGCAUCUGGAGUACACUUUUCAGCCAAAGAUUUACCAGCAAAAAUUAUUAAGUCAAAAUCAAACAAAAACUUAUUUCAAGAAGUAAAAGUGGUGGAUUCAACCAAAUAUAAUUUUAGGCCAAGGAAUCAAAAACAAGGAGCAAGUGUGAAAAUUUCGGAAAAAGAUCCAAAUAUGAUGCCCAAAAAUGAUCAGCUAAUACUUAUAAAAAGGAUACAAAAAUAUAUUCCAAAUAAUGACCAAAAAGGCUAUCAAUACAGGCUCAAACACUUAGAAUGGCAAAAUGUCGCAUUUAAAGAUUACACUAUAAAUCAGUGCAAACAAAUAUGGUCAGAAUUAUCCAAAAAAGUUCGGCGUGGCAGAUUACCACAUGAGAUUAGUAGUGACAUUAACAAAAGAAUGAAAUCUAACAGAAAAAAUUCAACCAAAAAAGUUGCAUUUACUAAAUAUAUUACAGAAACAUUCAAGAAAUUGCCCAUGAUAAAAAAACUCAAACAUCAUAUGAUGGCUCUAGACGUUCGAGUCAAUGGAGGUAGGAAAAGUUUUCCAGAUGGUUAAUACAGGUCUCCAAGAACCAGACAACCAAUGUUUAAAAUUACUUUUGUCUACUUAAUCAUUACUGAUUCCGCGAGACGAGACAAGACUUGAGGUUGGACCACCAAAGUCUCGUCUCGACUGGUCUCGUCUGGACUCAAGUUAUAUUUGUGAUUUUUAUUUUCAUAUUAUUACAGUAGUCCAAACUGUGACACUGAAAAAGCAGUUAUUGGAAGCGUAAAAAAUCACAGUGAAGAGCAACUGUGAUUUUUAAUAGUUAAGGUUUAUGUUGCUUUAAAUGUUUAAAUAAUAAAUAGAUCAACAGACAGCAAAAACUGAUUUUAUUGCAUAUUUCAUUUUUCAUUUAUAUACAUAUUUUUAUCUACCCACAGGGUCCUUUUUUUUGUAGAAUCAUAAAAGAAAUAUGUACGUCAAAUAAGAAAAAAUAUGUUGGAAAAAACAGUUUUUGAAAAAAGAAUCACCCUGUAUUUUCUUGGUGAAAUAAUGGAAUGCUUUCUACAUACUUUAUCUGAUCGAACUUUUUUUUUCCAGAAAAGUAUAGGAAAGAGAGGGAGAGAGAGAGUAAUUAUAUAUGUAAAUAAGUAGGUACUUAAAUUAUUAUUAGACCUGGAGCUUAGAGCUAUAUUUAGGUGUUACAAGUUUAGAAUUCAUUACUUAAGAGACUAGGCAUUAGUUUAAAGUUUAACAAUAAUAGCGAAAGUUGUUGCAGACAAAAAAAAAAUAAAAUAAAAAAACAUAUUAUAUAAAAUACACAUUUGAGUACUCGAUUAUUCAAAAAAAUUAUUAAAUAGUAGAGACUUUAACUUCUUCUUGAAGGCAUCGCCUCUUGGGCAGUCUCUGAGAACAUUAGGAAGUCUGUUGUAGUAAGCAAGGCCCUGGAAAAACACACUUCUCUGUCCUCCAGUUGUUCUCAUUGCUUCUGGUCUUAGGGUAUUUCUUUGUCUGGUGCUAUAGUUGUGGAUUGUAUUUGUUGGAGUGAAAGCAAGGUUUUAGUGAAUAUUUGAUAUUAUGCAGUUGUGGAUGAAAGUACAUAUUUGAAGGAUGUAUAGGGACUUUAUACUCAGGAUGUGA